AUACGGUCACACCGCUCCAGUGGUAGUUGUGUGGUGAUACGCGCGUCGAGGCAAAUGUCCCGUUCGUUUCGUUUUUUUGCCAGCAAAUUUUAAUUGAUAAUUGGCCCAAUAAUAAGAAAAGUUUAGUGACGCGUGAAAUGGAUGCGCACUCCGGCCAUAAGAGGAGCCAAAGCAGGAGCCAAGUGUGUUAAGAAUAGCAUUUAAUCGACGCGAGCCUAGGACGGCAACGCAACCAUUGAUUGGCUAAAUAGCCACAAGUAGAGGAACAGAGUAGACAGACAGGAUUAACAGCAAUAGCAACAGAAUGACAGCCGAUUACCUCAAGCCAAAGGCGACACGCCACAAAAAGAGCGCCGUUAAGCGACGCCAUCGGCAAAUUGCCUAUCUAGCCAUAUGCAGUCUCAGCGUGAUAAUAUUCGGGUUUGCCUUGGCCACAUUAAUCAGGCCAACUCACGCAGCCGAUGCCGAUGGUACGGGAAUGGUGUGGCGCGAGGGUUACGAGGGAUUUGGCACCACCCAUGAGCAGAAUCAUCUGCCGCAUUAUCCCCAUCCGGAGUACACACCAUACAAACACACAACCAACUAUACCAAAUCACCAAAAUACUUCACCGAGGCCAUGGACCCGGUCUACAAUUUCACCCACUUGGUGUUUGACAAAUUUUUCGUGCGCAAAACCGCUUUGCCACCAGGCUACAUUGUGGUCAAGGACCAGGACUCACUUGCUCUUGGUCCCAAGGUCGAUGAGAAUGAUUGGCGUGAUCUCUUGCAGCACUAUUGGAUCGUGCUCAUCUUUGUGUUCAUUAUGCUGCUGCUCGUAAUUAUCGUACCCUUCAUAGCUGUGUGCUAUUGCUGCUUUUGCUGCUGUCGAAACUGCAAAGAAGGUUGUCCACCCUGCGAUAGUGAAAAGGAUGGACGAAAACGUUGUUGUUAUGGACUGAUGAUGCUGCUGCUCAUCAUUGGCUUGCUCUUUGGAGUCAUCAUUGCCUUUGUGACCAAUAAGAUGCUGGACAGCGGCUUCGAUGACACCAGCAACACACUGCGACGUGCCAGCGAUGACACCUGCACUUUCCUCAAAGAUGUGUCCGAACACAUACAUCAUUUGUUCGUUAAAAAUUAUGAGGAAAUGGAGACCAAUCUGAAUGACAUUUUGAAAAAUGUACCGCGGCACAUUUAUUUGGAUCUAAUGGAUACCUCGGAAUUGAAUUUGCUGUAUGAAUUGCAGCGCAUAUUUAACAACACAAAGCAAGCGGUGACCUUACUGACUACUCUACAAAAAUUGGACAAGGAACUGCGCUUCAAUACCGCUCAACUGCGAGACUUGCUACGCGGAGCAAAACUUAAUGUGAACCAUGCUUGUACUGUGCUCUGUGGCAAUCGCGAGUGUUUGCAGUUCUUGAAGAACACUCAAAUCGAAUUUCUGGACAACUCCAGAUGUCUGCACCUGGACAAUAUGCCAAACAGCACAACUUAUUUGCUGGCAAUGCGAGAUAUUCUUACAAUGGAUACGGCUAAUGUGACCACAGCUGGCAUCAAGCGUGUCGAAGAGAUUGAAAAACAUAUCAAGCGAGCAAUCGAACCGCUGACACCCAAAAUCACUUCGGAUAUACGCAAGGGACAAGAACAGUUCCUACACCAGGCGAACUCUAUACGCAACAUUAUCGAUUCAGUGCUCAUGAAUAUUCAUACGAAUACCCUUAAAUCGACCAGGACAUUCGAUGAUGUCUAUGAGAGAUUUGGUGUGGAUCGCAGCUUUGUCAGCGUUGCGGUUUGCGUGUUUCUGCUAGUGAUAUUGUUUGUGCUGGUUAUUUCGCUGGUCUGCGGCUGCUGUGGACGACGUCGACGUGGCUAUCGCGAUGAUUGCUGCAGCAAGGGAACGGGCGCCACUUGUCUCUUAUUUGCCAUUUUGUUGAUAUUCUGCGUAUUCUCCGUCACUGUGCUCGUUGGACUUUUCUACUUCAUUCUGGGCAUGACAACCUACACGGGUGCCUGUGCACCACUGCGCGAUCAGGAGAAGAACGAUCUCUUCCGUCAGAUCGAUUCAGUGAUUGAUCUCAAUCGUUAUUUGCCACACAGUGAACGUGUGACGGAGACGCCACUGCCGCCGCUUCGCAUCUCAAAUGCCAUCAAAGCUUGUCACGCCGACGAAUCCAUAUUUGAGCUGAUGCAAAAGAAUAAUCUCUACGACAUUAAUGAGUUGGAGCGCAUUAAGGUGCUGCGCGAUCCGCCAGAAAACAAAGUGCCCAUCUUCAGGGCGGACUAUAGUAACUUUAGCGUCUUCACCAAGGCGGAGAGAGAAGAAUUGGAAUCCGCCGCCAAUAGCAAUAUGUCGCGCUACAAAGGAGCUAUAUUCCUUUCGCACAUUUGCAAGACAUUAACACCCGUCGAUCUGCCGACAAUGGCCAAUCAACUGAGGCAGCUGCGUUCCAGUCUGUGGAGUCAAUGGGGCAUUUAUGAUUGGGCCAGAACGGCGCUGGAGAAUGAGGCCUUCAAUCUAGAGAAAAUCUAUGAUGAGUUCUACAAUAAGAUCAUCACAGGCGUGACGAAAAUAACUGAAACAGUAGCUCAACUCGAUAAGCUAAUAUUGUACAACAACUUGCCAUAUGGCGAAUCGAUUUACUCACUGCUCGAGGCAACAAGUCAUUCUGAGAAGUUCUUAAAGGAGCGCGGUCAGCGAUUUGUGAAUGCCCUGAUUGAUAAUGCAACCCGAACGGUCGAGGGUCAAAUCGAACAAUAUGUCCAAAUGCUAAUUGCAGAGUGCAGCACAAACGUUGGCAAAUGCGCACCAUUAGCUUACAUUUUCGAUCGCAGUGUCGAUCACAUUUGCAAACGCAUCGUGGAUCCAAUGAAUGGUUUCUGGGUGGGCGUGUUGCUCUGUGGCGUGCUCUUCCUGCCUGUGCUCUUUGUGGCUCAUCGUUUGCUUUGCUUGUACAAGAAGAUCGAUCCGUAUUCGGCGCCAGCUGUGGGCAUUGUUGAGGGCGGCAGCGACUACUUGUAUGACGCCUAUAGCGAGCGUGAGCGCGAACACGAGCAUGUGCCAUUGGCCAAUGUGCCAAAGAAGCGUCGCAAAGCUUAUGAGCGCCGACGGGAGCAACAGGAUUACUACGAGGACGCAUCGCCGGGCGUGUCACGUUCCCGCGGUGGCGGUGGCAUGGCCAAUGGCGGUGGCGAUGCUGCCGGUGGCAGCAACAUGCGCUACAACGAUGUGGCACCCACCGCUAAAGUUGUGGCUAUACUAGAUACACGGCCAAAAGCACUGGCGGCAGAUGGUUUCUUUUAGGCAUUUUAAUCCCUGAACGUGCAUAUAAAAAUGGUUUUUGGCAUUGGGAUCAUGAACCACCGCGUUACCACAAUCCGCCCGUGGCGCCGCCAUCAUCGGAAUACGAACGCCCACCGCCAUACUAUUAUCCCGGUGCCUCGGACCAGGAUUAAGGACGUGAUGUGUGUGGACAUUUGUUGGCAAGGCUUUAACGAAACGGCAAGAGAGAAAGGAAAUGACGAGAGACGCAAAAGGAGAUGAAAGAAUAAUAAUCAGAAAUAUGUAUGGAAGAAGACGAAGCAAGAAUUUCAUUUCGAAAAUCCCCCCAAUUUUACUGAGACUGUAAUUUUAGUUGAAAAUGAAAAAGAAGAAAAAGAAAAAGAAAGAAAGAACGAAGCUAGG